AUGGCACCAGUAUCAGAGAGGCCAGCACAAUACAAACAGUCUUCUCGUAAGGGUAAGAAAGCGUGGAGAAAGAACAUUGAUAUUUCAGAUAUUGAGAAGUCUGUUCAACAACAGAACGAUGAGGAGAUAACGCACGGUUCGAAAGACUUGGCGAGCUUAGCCAAUAAAGACUUGUUUCAGGUGGAUACUAAGGGUGAUGAGGUGCUUAAGCAAAAGUUGAUCAAGCGGAAACAAAUUAAGAAAAACGUCAAGUCUUCUGAAAUCUUAGAAUCGAUUAAGUCUAAUUCGAAAGUUGCUGCACUAUCUCAUCCCAAGAGCCGUUCUAGCGAUGAAUCAAAGAAAAACAAGAUCCAAGGUGUAUCGAAGAAAGAGCUCAAACGUUUGAUGGCCCUGGCCGGCCGCAUUGACGGGGAGAGUAAGCUCAAGAACGCAGUAACUAAGAGAGGGUUGGUUAGAGCUGGAGCCAACAAUGACUUGUGGGGCGCCAAAGAAGAAAUCAAAACUCCAUCGGGUAUUAAGAUGGUCUAUAAAGAGAUUCAAGAGGUUCCCGAAGAGUUGAAGACGCUUUCUACCACGGGCUGGUCUAAAGCGACUGUUGCUCCAGACACUAUCACCAGGGCUCCUGUUCACGUCAAAGAUAUUGAUCAAGCUCCUCACGCUGGUAAAUCUUAUAAUCCAAGCAAUUCCAGCUGGACUCAGCUGAUAGAUAAAGAGUAUAAAGGAGAGAAAGUCAAAGAGGACGCCAGGUUACAAAUGGAGGCCUACAAAGUUAGGAUAAGUCAGCUCAUGGAAACUUUAGACAGAAACGAGGAGGAAGAGUCUGAAAACGACAGCACUGCAGAUGCGGAAGAGGCUUCAGAUGCCGAAGACGAUUCAGAGAUCAAGCUUUCUCUCAACAAACCUGUUGUCAACAACAAGAAAACCAAGUAUCAAAGAAACAAACAGAGAAGACACAAGGAGAAGUUGUCACUGCACUCAGAACUCAAACAGCUAAAAAAACAGUUGCGCGAGUUAGAGCGUUUUGAAGAGCUUCAAAAAACCGUUGAAGAAGCUCAUGCCACACGCGAGGUCGAGAAAGCUAGCAAAGCUGGCAAAGUAAGUAAACCGAAAGCCACCAAGAAACACAAGCUGGGAACCAAACACUCUGUCAUGGAAGACAAUUUAGAGGUCAAAUUCUCCGACGAAUUGUCCGAUUCGCUGCGGAAACUAAGGCCAGAGGGCAGUCUGCUAUAUGAUACUGUACGGAAGCUUCAGGGCUCUGGUAAAAUUGAGAGCCGUGUACCAGUCAAGAAGGGCAGAAGAUACACCCCGCGGAUCACAGAAAAGUGGACCUACAAAGACCUUAAAUAA